AUGACCAUCACCAACCCACUCCCUUCCCCGCCAGCGUCUCCUCAAAAGCAAAGAGACAGCAAAACGAGCAGCACCGCUUCGCGAACCCGACACCAUGAGGACAAAACUCCCAAAGACCUUUCCCCGUCCUCCUCUCGCAAUAUGUCGAGCAAGGAAGUAAUCCGGAGUAGAAGACAUGUUCUCGUGAAGACUGCUCAUUCUGCCAAAGAUCUUCCGAAGCAACCCGCCGGCGUCUACGGCAGACGUUCCUAUUUUGGCUCGGUCGACCAGAAGUCCGAACAACUUCUUGCAGCCAAGGGCAAGGCCAAAGAGUAUGCACGUCAAGUUGUGCCGACGCCUUCCACCCAGAAGCCCAAAACGACACCAAGUGACCAAGAGCACAAGAAUUCAAGAUGA